GAGCGGAGCUAUAUCCGAGCGACAGGCGAGUGAGCCAAUGCUGGUCGGCCUUUAGGCGCGGCAGCCAAUCAAGGUCCGGGGGCGCGGAGAGGGCCGGGAGGCAAGGUACUCCGGCUCCUGGGGAUCCCCCGAGGCUGCUCAUCUCAGCCCCACCCCCUCCGUGGUCGGGGCCCAGCCCACCCCAGCUCAGGUUGUCAGCCGGCGCAGGCUAAUACUAGCUGAUUCCUGCUCGCUCGCAAGGCGGACCUUACUUGAGUCCGACCUGUCGCCCCCUACGCCCGGGCCUGGGUGUUCCCCGCGCCCACGCCUCCUGCCCGUCGCUACCACCCUUAGCUUCUCAGACUGAGCUCGGCGCCCCGGAGAGGAUUAAGUCUGCCCCUUCUGCAGCACGGCUAAGACUCAUCCCCACCCCGCUUUACCCAAGACCCACAGAAGCUGUGUGAUCUCCCAUCCUCUGCUUCCAAAAUAGGAGGGAAAUAGGUGUUUCAAAAACUGAGAAAGGCAGGGGUCUCCUGGUAAGAAUUUGGCUGUGCCAGUGGUCGUCACCGUGGUGGGAACGACAGCCUUGGACACUCCUAGCAUCAGAAAUCAGUGGGCAAGUUGACUGAGCACUGGCUGUCUCCCAGCAUCAGCAUGAACUCCAGGGUCCCAGCUACUCAGAGCUGGUUCAGCAGCCACCCGCCCACCACUGAGCCUGACUUGGAGCCUGCCACCGAAGGCUCUACCACAGAGACCGCCACCCUCAGCCCCGAAACCACAAGCUUCAAUGACACCAGAAUGCCUGAUAUGGCAGGCGGUACAGCUGGUGUGGGUACCAUGCUUCUGUCUUUUGGGAUCAUCACAGUGAUUGGUCUGGCUGUGGCCAUGGUGAGAGCCGGGGCAAGCUGGAGAAGGUUUUAUACAUCAGGAAGAAGAAGAGGCUGGAGAAGUUACGCCACCAGCUCAUGCCUAUGUACAACUUUGACCCCACGGAGGAGCAAGACGAACUGGAGCAGGAACUACUGGAGCACGGACGAGAUGCAGCCUCCCUGCAGGCUGCUGCCUCCCUGCAGGCCACACAGGGCAAGAGCACUCUCCCUUCCCAGGGCCCACUGCAGAGGCCCAGUAGGCUGGUGUUUACCGACGUAGCCAAUGCCAUCCACGCGUGAGAGGCCCGAGAACAAGCCUGGACCUCUUACAAAAGACAACUGCCACGGUGCCGGCAGCGCUGCCCACUUCCUGACUGUCAAGACCUAUUCUCAGGACCAGAGCCAUCACCACCACUGAAGCCGGAAAGGGCUGCGACAGACCCCAGCUGUGCUGAGACCCCGCCCACUGACUCUCAAGCUCUCGGAGAGAGUCCUGACCAGGCUAGUCAUCUGGCCACUGACUUCUGAACCCAUGGCUCUGGCACAGAAGGCAGCCUUUAUGCAGGAAGACAAGAGCCACUGCCGGUUUCCUGGUCUCUGGUAUCCCUUGCAUCAAGGUCUGCUUCUCUGAUGGGGCGGAAGAGCACAAGCUUGAAGGGGAGUGACUUUUUUUUUUUUAAGCUGUAGCCUUUUCUAGGGUAGAGAGAGAGGCAAACAGCCAGAUGACUGGGACAGGGCAGGGCACUUUUUUUGUUUAUUUGUUUUGUUUUGUUUUGUUUUGUGGGUGUGGGGAGGGGAGGAAGAGUUCAUUUUAUUUUACUUUCGAGACAGGGUCUUGGCUAGCCUGGAAGUUGUAGACCAGGCUGGCCUCCGACUCAUAGAGAUCUACCUGCGUCUACCUCUUUGAGUGCUGGGAUUAGAGGCAUGUGCCUCCACAUGCAGCUAGAGCAACACCAUUUAUAAGUCCAAGAGGCCCAGGGAGAGAGCCGGAAAUGCCCAGUAGAUGGCCCGGGAAGAUAUUACGGUGAAUGGGUAAGCAUGAGGCCUCCCAGAGGUCUCUGCCACAUCCCUGGCAGCCAAGGUAGCUGCUGAGGAAGAUGAAAUUGGGAGACUGGGUAUGGAAAGAUGCAACUCCCCGAGAUGUGGGGAGUGGCCGCACACAGACAGGUACCUGUUUCAUCAUGAGAGUGAGACAGAGGCUCUCUGCAUUGGCUCCACCUUGCAAGCUAAUUCCCACCCAAUGAUAGGGAGGGGAGCAUUAGCACAGGCUGCCUCCUCUCCGUCAAUGCUCAGGGCUACACCACGGAAGCGAGGAACUACGCUGGGUUCCUCUGUUCACCAUGUUUCUUCAGCAGGCUCCAAAAGCUGGGCACACCUGCUUCCGGAAAUGGCUCCCUUCCUAUAAGGGCUUCUGGGAGAUGCUGCUGGCCUAAAGGUGGUCACAGGCCAGAAGCUUGUAGGAAAACUAUGGUUACCCGAAAGGGAGUGUCCUUUGAGGAAAAGCCCCAAGGAAGUGAGUCUGAUUUUAGCUUUUCUCUUCCACUGUAUCUGCAGGAAGGGCCACUCAGAGUUCAUGGAAUAUAGAAUAGAGUCUCUGUGUUGGCCUUCCCUCGAAGUCUUGAAGGUGCAGGACUGACACCAGGGGCAUCUGGGCAGAGUAGACCACAAAGACAGGGCGUUUUUUUCUACACUAGGACAAAGGAACUCUGAGCAUGCACGGAGUCGUGUCCCCAACUUCACUGUCAUCCCCUGGUUAGAGGGGAUGUGGGGGUGGACAUGUGCUUUGGGCAGAUAUCACAUGUCAGGAGGUGAGGGGCUAGGAGGAUCCCUCAGGGAAGGUUCUGGUUUUAUUCCUGCCUCUGGCUGCUAUAAAUAUGUUCGCACUCCAGCAACUGGAAAGCUGUGAGUAAUUUAGGAUGCACAAAGCUGUAAUUUAACUCCAGCAUCUCACUGUGCGAGAGCAUUAAAGAUGUAAUUAAGAUGUUUACACAAAGAGAAUGGAGUCUGUGACACUUGGGGUACAAAACCCCAGGAAGGGACACAAUGGGUGAGGUGAGGAUCUGUGGGAGGCCUGGGGACAGUCGUUUGGAUCCAGGCUAUGAGAUGGCAGGCAGCCCAGCUGUUUCUCCUUGGAAAUGCUUUGGCCUGGGGCCCUCGUGCUUUGACAUGGAGAAGGGGCUGGCAAUGGCUGCAAUACCUGGGGGUGGGGAGGUCAAGUGGAUAGAAUCUUUGGAGAUCAGAUUAGGAAGAGGGCUCGAUCCCCAAAGAUCAUGGGGUGACAUGUGUUGUCUCAGGGUCCACUGGAGCUAUGUCUGAAACACAAACGUAAAAUGGUCUCCAUAGAGCACCAAGUACAUGGAAUGGAAGGGAGAGUCAAUAAAGUUAUGUGCACCAUCCAA